GGCGGGAUGACAAGUUCGGUUGCGGAGCUGAAACCGGUAACCGAGCUCUCUAGCACAUUGUGAAGCCGCUAGUGUUUGUGGCCGCCGCAGAGGUGAUUCAAGUCACUCGUUUCUAAAUCAGCGAUUCUUAUUUUAAUAAUUGACCCACUGAGACUUCCAGUUGACCAAAGAAAUGGUGAUGGAGAAGCCAAGUGCCCAGCUGGUCGGGCGAGAGUUUGUCCGACAGUAUUACACACUCCUUAACCAGGCCCCUGACUACCUGCACAGGUUUUAUGGAAAGAACUCAUCCUAUGUACAUGGAGGCCUGGACAGCAACGGCAAACCUGUAGAGGCUGUUUAUGGACAAUCUGAGAUCCAUAAGAGGGUGAUGGCUCUGAGUUUCCGGGACUGUCACACUAAGAUCAGACACGUGGAUGCCCACGCCACCCUGAAUGAGGGGGUGGUGGUGCAGGUGAUGGGCGAGCUGUCCAACAACAUGCAGCCCAUGAGGAAGUUCAUGCAGACCUUUGUGCUAGCACCUGAGGGGACAGUGGCAAACAAAUUCUACGUCCACAACGAUGUGUUUCGUUACCAGGAUGAGGUGUUUGCCGACUCGGAUUCUGAGCCUCCAGAGGAGUCUGAGGAUGAGGUGGAAGAGAUUGAGGAAAGGGUUCCCUCCCCUGACGUCACACCGGAUGAGUCGACUCCUUUCUACGACCCAGCAGCCUGUUCAGAGCCAGCACUUCCUGGUGACGAGGAGGAAGUGGCACCAGCAAGUCCAGAGCCAGAGCCUGAGGUGGAGAAGGAGGCACAGGCUGCAGUUGUGGAGCUGAAGUCGGAGAUACUGCUCGAGACGCAGACGGACACACACACAGCUGACGACAAGAUAGAGAAAAGCCCUACCACCACCCCAACAACUACAGAACCUGUCUCUGUGCCCGCUGAGCCCACCCCCGCCGUGCCAGAAGAAAACAGGCCAUUCUCCUGGGCAUUGGUCACCAGUAAGAACCUCCCUCCCAGUGGGGCUGUCCCAGUCUCAGGAAUCCCCCCACAUGUCGUUAAAGCCACUCCCACAGCACCGCCCAGAGCGGAAGUGAAGUCAGAGUCCCAGACAGCAACACAGAGACCACAGAGAGACCAGAGGCCGCGGGAACAGCGGUCUGGAGGUCCGCCGCCGGUCCACAGAGGGCCUAGACCAGCGCGGGAAGGUGAGCAAGGCGAGUCGGAGGGUCGCAGAGUGACCAGGUACCCUGACGCCCACCAGCUCUUCGUGGGCAACGUCCCUCAUGACGUGGACAAGACUGAACUGAAAGAGUUCUUUGAACAGUACGGUACCGUCCUGGAGCUGAGGAUCAACAGUGGUGGAAAACUCCCCAACUUCGGCUUUGUGGUGUUUGACGACUCUGAGCCCGUACAGAAGAUCCUCAGCAGCAGGCCCAUCAAGUUCAGAGGUGACAUCCGACUAAACGUGGAGGAGAAGAAGACGCGCUCGGCCAGGGAGGGCGACAGAAGGGACAUGAGGCCCCGUGGUCCAGGAGGUCCAGGUGGUCCCAGAGAGCGAAUAGGAGCUGGCGGAGGACCCCGAGGCCCCCCCACCCGAGGAGGCAUGGCUCAGAAACCCAGCUUUGGCUCUGGACGGGGCACUGGGCCCAGCGAGGGGCGCUACUCUGCUCAGCGCCAAUGAGGCAUCUGGGCUCCAAACCUGAAUCAGAUUACUGUCUGAAUCCAGUUUGCUCAAGCGGUUUGUUUACUGCAGCAGGACCCAAAUGCAAACCCUUGUUUACUCUACAUCUAGGAGCAAAACUGAGUAGGAGUUGUGGGUUGCUACACAUGGACACCCUGAUGUGACUCGCUUCCUCCUCAGUCUUCCUCCUACAUGUGACUGUACACAGGGGUUUCAAAGGGAUUCUCUUAGUAACUGACACAGGUUUGAUCACGAGUUUCCACUGUCAAGUCCUGCCAGCUCC